AUGGAUAAUGUAAGCUAUAUAAGUCUUGAUGGAUACAUAGAAAUGAACAAAUACAGGUGUUUCUACUUCCUGCUGCUGUUCACUGCCUAUGUUCUGAUUCUGUGCAGUAACUCCACCAUCGUGUGUCUCAUAGUGAUUCACAGGAGCCUUCAUGAACCCAUGUACGUGUUCAUCGCCGCUCUGUUGACCAACUCUCUUCUUUUCAGCUCUGCUCUUUAUCCAAAGCUGCUGCUGGACGUUUUAUCAGAGACACCGGUGGUGUCGUACCCAGUCUGCCUCUUGCAAUGGUUCAUCAGUUAUUCUCUGUGUGGCUCAGAGUUUUUGCUCUUGUGUUUCAUGGCCUACGACAGAUACGUGUCCAUCUGUCGACCUCUGCAGUACCCGACCCUGAUGAGACAGAGGAUGAUCUGGGUUUUCCUGAGCGUGGCCUGGCUGCUGCCGGCCUGUCAGGUGGCGGUGCCGGUCAGACUCAGUGCUGAGGCCAGACUCUGUAAUUAUUCCUACAGAGGGAUCAUCUGCAGCAGCGCAGUUUACAGGCUGCACUGCGUCAGCUCUCCAGCGCUGCUGCUCUACGGACUGGUCGUCCUGGUGAACGUAAUCGUGCUCCCUGUGAUUUUCAUCCUGUUCACUUAUGUCAGGAUUCUGAUCAUUUCCUACCGCAGCGGCAGAGACGUGAGGAGGAAAGCUGCUAACACCUGUUUACCUCACCUGCUGGUUCUAAUCAACUACACUGCUUUGAGUGUGUGCAAUGUUCUUCUGGCUCGAACAGAAGCUGUUUUUUCAAAAACUCUACUUUUCAUAUUGGCGUUACAAGUCAUUUUAAACCACCCACUGUUGAAUCCCAUUGUAUAUGGAGUGAAAAUGAAGGAAAUACAUAAACACCUCAGGAGGCUGUUGUUUCCAGAUAAACGGCUUUAG